GCUCCAACCAUUUCCGACACAACACCCUCCCCCUUCGCCCGGCCCCGGAGCGACAGGACUCGCCGCGUCGCAGCCACAGCUUUACGAUGCCCUUCCUGGAGCUGGAGAGUAACCUUGCGGCCAGCUGUUUCUCCGAGGCGCUGUUGGAGCGGUUGGCGCGGGCAGCGGCCGCCAUCCUCGACAAGCCGCAGGAGCGAAUCAAUAUCUCUGUGAGGCCAAACAUGAUAAUGGCAAUUGGAGGUAGCACGUCACCCUGUGCCCAGCUGGUUGUGUCUUCAAUCGGGGUGGUAGGAAAUGCUGAGCACAACAAGCAGCACAGCUCCAAGUUCUUUGAAUUCCUCACCAAGGAGCUGGGCUUACGUGCAGACAGGAUCCUGAUUCGAUUUUAUCCUCUGGAGAAGUGGCAGAUUGGGAAAAAUGGUACCGUUAUGACGUUCCUGUAGACAAAUGCUGAACUCCAAACCUUGUGUGGUUGGUCUUAAUCAACAGCCACAUCAGUGAGCAUUUUACAGGACCCAAUAUUAAACAUUUCCAUUAAUUUUAUCAAA